AUGCCGCGCCGUCUCAUGAGCGUCAUCUCGUGUCCGCUCUUCGUCAGCGUACAAGUGCUUUUUCCGACCGCGUGUUCUGUUUUGUGCUUGUUCUUGUGAUUCGCCCACUGAUCUUGUUCUCCUUGCUGCGGAUCGUCCGAGAGGAUUACAAUUUAACAAGGAGGAUUACUUGGACAUGCAAAUUAGUGGAAAGGUCGGCGGAAUGCCAUGACAGAUUAUAUAGACCCGCAUUUCAUACGAGCAUUGUGUAAACCGCCAGAACGAAGGAAUUUACAGGAUCUACAGAUUAUCUACUAUGGAUUGCACGGCCUGGAAGCCCUAUCUCAUUAUAGAGAUUCAGUUCUAAGGUCUCUAUGUAAAAGCGUCCGUUACGAAAGACACUUAGCCAACGACGUUCUAUAUUAUACCGGUGAAUUAUCGUCAUGCUGGUAUAUACUGCUGUCCGGAUCGGUGUUUAUCGACGGAUCCAUGUUUCUCCCCACUUCAAGUUUCGGAAAAAGAACAGGAGGCAGCGCCCGCCGCCCCAACGAAUGUUUCGUACUCGAACCUUCAGAAAUGAUAGUGAUUGAUUACCCGGAGGUGGGAAUCAGGAGUGCAAGAAUACCCACCAAUAUGGAACGGGGGGUAAACUUGGUUUUCGACGAUGCAGUCAAUAACUAUGGCGUAAGGGAGGCGUAUAAAAGCAACAGGAGUUCACAUUCUUCGACCUCUUCGGCCUAUUCCGGAAGCGACACCAUGACCUGCCAUUCCACGGAGGCGGAGGAUGUCGACCUUUCGGGAUUGGUCGAAUCCAUCGUCGACUCUGACGAAGACGACCUGGGAGAAAGCAGCGAUAGCCUCACUGUUCGGGAUGCGGUACGGGAUUGUCUUGAAAAAGACCCAACAGAAAGGACUGAAGAAGACAUUGAAAUUUUACUCGAAUUCACCCAACACCUCAAAGCAUUUACCAAUAUGACGCUUGCUGUUAGAAGAGCACUGUGCAGUGUUAUGGUGUUUGCUGUGGUUGAAAAAGCCGGAACUAUUGUUAUGAAUGACGGAGAAGAACUGGACUCCUGGAGUGUUUUGAUUAAUGGACAGGUAGAUAUAGAAUACUCAUCUGGACAGACGAAACAGCUUCAUAUCGGAGAUAGUUUUGGUAUAUUACCAACUAUGAUGAAACUGUAUCACGAGGGUGUGAUGAGGACGAAAUGUGAAGAUUGUCAAUUUGUUUGUAUAACUCCAACUGACUACUAUAGGAUACAGCACCAAGGGCAAGAGGCAAUGCAGAAGCAUGUUAAUGCAGAAGGUGAUCUCGUUAUGGUCACGGAACAAAGAGAGGUCGACGGUGGAAAACGAGGAAAUGUUGUAAUUAGGGGUACGCCUGAAAAAUUAAUGCAACAGUUAAUCGAAGAGAAUUCGAUUAUUGAUUCGACCUACGUCGAAGAUUUCCUUCUAACUCAUAGGACUUUUAUGGACAGUUCAGUCGAAGUCGCCAACCAACUUCUGAACUGGUUCGACGAUGAAAAUUCAAGGGAUAGAGUAACAAGAGUGCUCCUUCUGUGGGUCAACAAUCACUUUACAGACUUUGAAACCAAUCCGGCAAUGAUGGAAAUUUUAGAAUUAUUUGAAGGUUGGCUGGAGAAAGAAAGGAUGAUUGGACAGCUCAGGCUGCUCAACAUAGCUUGCGCAGCGAAAGCAAGGCCGAGGUGCAUCACAUUAGCAAGGCCGUCUAGAGACGACGUUCUUCCAUUCUCAAUCCUAGGAGGCUACGAAAGAGGAUUUGGCAUAUUUAUAUCUGAGGUUAAAAAGGGUUGUAAAGCUGAAGACGUUGGUCUUAAGAGGGCUGACCAAAUUCUUGAAGUUAAUGGAAACAGUUUCGCUCAUAUAUCACAUCCGAAAGCGCUUGAGAUACUCAGGUCGAGCACACAUCUUAGCAUAACAGUUAAAUCUAAUUUACUAGGCUUCAAAGAGAUGUUGACAAGUGCGUCUGGUAGAAGUAGAGGCACACCGAGGAGGUCGGAGCCGAGCCCACCUCCUCCGCUGCCUCCUCCGUUGCCUCCACUUCCAGUCGCACCUGUCUCUCCGACGAAACCGGUAAAACAGUCGUUUAUGACUUUAGCGUCAAAAAAGAGGCUGCAGAAAGCUUUAAUUAAAAUGAACAUCCUUCCUAAAAACACAAUCAUUGAUGGUUAUCAUGAAGAGAUUAAGGAAAAUACGGGGGAGUCCAAUCUUGUCACGCAACCUGACCUUGUCAAUUUUUGUUAUGACGACAUAAGAGCAGCAGAUUAUCCUGAGCAUGUACUUAAAGUGUACAAAGCUGACCAAACCUGCAAAUAUCUUCUUGUCCAUAAGGAAACAACAGCCCAUGAAGUAGUUAUGUUAGCACUGCAAGAAUUCGGUAUAACUGAGCAAAGUUGGCAUUUUUCACUUUGUGAAGUUUCCGUUUCCGAGGGUGGUAUUAUCAAACAAAAAAGGCUUCCCGAUCAACUUCAGAAUCUAGCCGAAAGAAUAGGUUUAAGUAGCAGGUAUUAUUUAAAAACGAAUGGCAUCACGGAAACGUUAGUUGGUGAUGACCUGGCGAGCGAGUUAGUCAGGGAGAGCAAUGUGCAUUUCUUGCAGUUGAACGCCGUUGAAGUCAGCGUUCAACUGACUUUACAAGACUUUUCUAUAUUUAGACAGAUAGAAUCUACCGAGUAUGUCGACGAGUUGUUCGAUAUUAACAGCCGAUAUGGCACUCCAAUGCUAACACAAUUUGCGGAGCUUGUAAAUAGAGAGAUGUUUUGGGUUGUGACUGAGGUUUGUUCUGAACAUAACCUCGUAAGAAGAUCUAAAAUUAUUAAACAAUUUAUCAAAGUUGCGAGGCAAUGUAAAGAAUGUAAAAAUUUCAACUCCAUGUUCGCCAUCGUAUCAGGCCUCGGGCAUGGCGCGGUCAGUAGAUUAAGACUCACUUGGGACAAAUUACCGAGUAAAUAUCAAAGGCUGUUUCAAGAUCUUCAGCAAAUAAUGGAUCCUUCGAGAAACAUGAGCAAGUAUAGGCAACUAGUCAACAGUGGAACUCCGCCGAUCAUACCGUUUUACCCAGUCGUUAAGAAGGACCUGACAUUUAUUCAUCUGGGAAACGACACAAAAGUCGAAGGCUUGAUCAACUUCGAAAAACUCAGGAUGAUUGCAAAAGAAGUAAGAACACUUACGAAUAUGUGUUCUUCGCCGUACGAUUUACUCACAAUGCUCGAAUUAGGAGGUCAACCGCCAUCGAAUGCGAUGGUCGCUUUGAAUCAGUUAACCACAGGGAAUGUGCAACAGGGUGCAGCUACGGUUAAACGAAGAAAAAAAUCUACUGGAGCGCCAAAUCCUAAAAAAAUGUUUGAAGAGGCGCAAAUGGUGAGGAGGGUCAAGGCUUAUCUCAACAGAAUGAGAGUCGUGACCGACGAGGAGAAACUUCACGAGUUAUCGCUCGAGUGCGAAGGCGCAAGAGAAGGAGGCUCUUCUUCGGGGCCGAUCCGGAAAAGAAACCCUUCCCCAACUCUCAGCACGGCUUCGUCAGCGAGCAGUGCAUCCGAAGGCACGCGAAAGCACGCCCAUCCGAAAUUCGGAUCAGCCUCGCCCCAAGCCGUCAGGAAGCUCCUCUCUCUUGCUGAGCAGAGCAAGACGAGGCCGCGUCAAAGCCCAGGAGCCGUGAGGAGGGGCGGCGGACCCCAGCCGAGAGGGGCGAGUCAUGAAAGGAGUCACUCAGAUACUCCACCUCUCCCGGCGUACCAUCAUACGGCGCUCUUGUCCUCGGUCGAUCUCAACGCAGAGUCAUCUAGUGUAACAAGUCUUUCUAAUCUGCCCUUAAGGAAGACAUUAACAAGUGGCUCGGUAACAAGUAGUGAUUCGGGUCAUUCGACGGCUUUGGACUCGCAUUCUAACAGCUCGGCUGAGACGCCAAUGUGUCCGACAUCGACGUCUCCUCCUUUUCACCUCCGUAGGCAUUCUGCGUUGCAGCCUGGGAGGCCCCCUUUCUUGCAUGCUGUACCGGUGUUGCCACCUUUACCAAAUGGUUGUGUUUUGGGAACAGCUCCUACACAGCCUAGAAUAGGGCCACCAUAUAACAUGGCGACGCACAGGCUGCAAAGGCUUGGUAGAGCACAUUCGCAUGAAGGAGUCACUCACCCUUACUAUCACGACGAAGAUGGUUAGUACUAUCUCGUCGUUCUCUACGAUGAAGACGAAACACAGAUUUCUGCUAUUUAAUUCAACUAAGUCCAGUAAGGAUUUCUUUUUAUUUUGUACCUAUAACAAAUGAAAGGGGAAAAUUUUGAAAGGUGCUAAAUUAACAAUAUGGCAAACUUUUAUCACUAAUUAUGAUCUCAUUUAAAGAAUUUGUCGAUUAGCCAAGUGGAAGGUUCUGAUAAUCUAGAAAUUUUUUAAUCUUUCCUUUUUAAAAAAAAAGUAUAAAUUUUGACCAUUAUAGGGCUAACAUUUCAAUAUUAAACUAAUAUGCAAUGUAAUAAAAAAAUAAUAAAAAUAAAAACAUUCCAUACCUGACCACUUUAACUGCAUUUAUAAUCUUAAAUGUUUUUCUGAAAUUGAUCUUUUUUGAAAGCGUAUUUUCAUGUCGACUCAAGAACUGAUAUACCAAUUUUAAUCUUAAUAUUGAAAUAUUUUAUUAGCUUAAUGGAUAUAACAUAUCUAAUUAACAUUUUUCAUGUGUUAUAUAUUUAAGUCAUAGUGUCGUCUUGUGAAAUUAUUGUGAAAUUUUAGAUUGAAGUGGUUUGAAAGAAUUUAAAUUGAAAACUGUAGGAAAUUUAAGAAAGCGUAAACCCGAGCAAAAUUUGAUAUUCACUGUACAUUUUUUUCUCUUCUUCCAAGUUUGAACAGUUUUAACAUAUCCAGGGAGUAAAUUCAAAAAUUAAAUAUUUAAAAUGUACACUGAAUAUUAAAGUUGUUGCUUUAGUUUACCAUUUCUUAAUUUUCAAUUUAGACUAAUUGUCCUUUAUAUUAUAAGAUUUAUAUCUGUGCAACUUAAAAAAUAGACAAAUGGGUUUAUAGAAAAAAAUAUAAUCUCCAGACUGUAGUAAUUUCGAGGAAUAUCUUGGUUACUUAGAAUAGUCAUUUUUAGUAGUUAUGGCUGUGGAGUGGUUAUUACAAAACUUGUUUAUCUAUAUUUUUACAUGUGGACUAUUUAAAAAUAACAAAAUUAAACAAAUCUUCCUAUGUGUUUAAUAUAUAUAGAUAUAUCAGCGAAUAAAAAAAAAUAUUUUCAUAAUAAAAUUGAAAACAAGUUUUCUACUUCAUUAAUUGCUUAAUUAUUGACAAAAAUUUUAUCAAAUAUUCCAAAAACUUCUAUCACGAACCUGUGCUGUUUAAUCGAUUAUUCUAAAAAAGGUGCUUGUAUAAAAGGACAUAUCCUAUUCUGAAGAUUGUAUC